CGAUGCGAGAUGCUUGCCCGCGACCUGUCACACGUCCAUCGGAGUUGGGCCGCGAGGAACGCACUCGGGGGUCGCAGUUAGCAGUGAUGGCACGCUGGAGAGCGUGGUUCCUGGCGGCGGCGGCGGCGGCGGCGGCGACGGUCUCGGCAGCUCGACGACCGCCCAACAUCCUGGUCAUCCUCGCCGACGACCUCGGGAUAGGCGACCUCGGGUGCUACGGCAACGACACGAUCAGGACGCCACAUAUCGACAAAUUAGCUUCCCAAGGCGUGAAGUUGACGCACCACUUGGCCGCUGCUGCCUUGUGCACCCCGAGCAGAGCAGCGUUGCUAACCGGGCGCUACCCAUUCCGAUACGGGCUGGUGGGCGACGACGCAAACAGAGCGGCGCCAGUGCUGCUCCACGUGGCGAGCCGAGCGCACCUUCCGCUCGACGAAGUAACGCUCGCCAAAGCGCUCUCGGCCGCCAACUACUCCACGGCCCUCGUCGGAAAAUGGCAUUUGGGCGUCCAGUGCGGCUUCCUGGGCCGGAGUUGCCCUGGUCCCCUGAACCACGGCUUCGAUACCUUCUUCGGAAUCCCAGUGACUCUCUUCUUUGAGUUCCGAGGACCUUACGCCUUCUGGAAGUUCGACUUCAGCCAGCCCUCCUACCAGCGAUUGCUCGGGACAUGGGUGGUGGCGAUGGCGAGCAUUGCGCUGGGGAAGAAAUACCUUGGGUGGAGGACUCGAACCGUCAUUCUCCUCCUGCUGCUGUCCAAUGUUUUUUUCUUUCUGUAUUGGUUCAGAGUCGCUCACAUUGGCUUCAACAAGGAAUGUCUUUGGGGGGUGUCGCCGUGGAUGCACAGGAUGGCCAACUCCAUGAUCCUUCGGCAGGACAAGGUGGUGGAGCAGCCCAUCCAGCUGGACGGGCUGUCGCAGCGGUUCGUCAAGGAGUCCCGCGAGUUCCUGGCUCAGCGCGCCGAGGACGAGAGGCCCUUCUUCUUGUUCCACUCCUUCGCCCAUGUGCACACGCCCAUGUUUUCAGCGCCGCACAUGACAGGCGUUAGCAAGCACGGAAGCUAUGGCGACAACGUGGAGGAGAUGGACGAGAGCGUCGGGGCGCUGAUGGACGCCCUCAGGGAGUUCGGCCUCGAGGACAACACCAUCGUGUACUUUACGUCGGACCAGGGCGGCCACGUGGAGGCCAUGGAUUUCGAAGGACGCCGCAUCGGGGGCCACAACGGUCACUUCAAGGGAGGGAAGGCAAUGGGAGGAGCUGAGGGAGGCAUCAGAGUAGCGGGCAUCUAUCGCUACCCGGGGCAUUUACCAGCGGGCACUACUCUUGACACCCCAACGUCUCUCAUGGACCUGAUGCCCACCGUGCUGGACUUGGCAGGGCUCCCUUCCGUGCACGACCUCGUCCCAAGGACACCGCGCAAGGACCUGGAUGGAGAGAGCAUCGCUGACCUGCUGAAGGGCAAGAGCCUCCCCGCGCGCCCUCCCCGAAUCUUCCUCCAUCAUUGUCGCAAGCACAUACACGCUGCCAGGCUUGUUACAGAUGACCAUGUCUACAAAAUGUACCUAUACAAGCACAAGUGGUUCCCGGGGACCACACAGUGCGGCUGGGGACACACCGUGGGCUGCUCCUGCGCUAAGGCCAUGAUGCAUGACCUCACCGAACAGCCUGAACUCUAUGACCUUGUUCGUGAUCCCUACGAGGACCAUGACCCUAUCAGUCCGGAAACGGAUGAGUACAAAAAGGUCGUCGGCGCCCUGAUGCAGCACCUGGACCAGUGGAACCGCAGCGUCCACUACCCGACGCCUCAGCUCGCCUCUCGCCUGGACAUCGCCUGGCUGCCCUGGAGGCAGCCCGUUUGCUUCAACUGCUAGCUGGUCUCUUCACUGCUACCUGCUCCUGUCAGCGCUCUCUUGUUAAAUCACUCGAUUGCUUACGUUUGCUUCAAUUCUCAAUUUCUUUCAAGUCGUUCUACGUCAUUUUAAGUAUUAGAAUAUUCACCUAAUGACAGUGACUCCUGUUAAAUGUAACAAAAUAGUAAAGAAUCAAAUAAAACUGUGUGGAUUCCUA